GGCGCGGGAUUCAAACUCCCGGAAGGGGCGUCCGCCCCGGAGGGUGUGGAGAGGCGACGCGAGUGCAGAGCUUCACCUUCUUGCCGACUGGCGGCCAGGCGCAGCGGCCGCGGAGGGUGGCGACCGGGCGUCCAGUGGCGGCUGCACCCGGGCGGGACCGGACCGGAACACGCGCGACGCGGACUCGGUGGGCUGGGCGCGGCCGCCGGACUCAGUCUCAUGCCCCUUUCCCUGACGCUCGCUUCGUGCCUGGUACCCGGCUGGGCGCUUUUCCACCGUUGUCUCUUCAGUUCCUUCUUUUGACUUUGCGCAACUUGGUACUGUCUUGUCAACCCAGUAUAUCAGCUCCACAGUGUGAAACCAACCAAGCAUUAAGAAGGAACUUCCUGGGCCGGGGAUUUAGCUCAGUGGUUCCGCCACCUGCAAGCGCAAGGACCCAAGUUCGAUCCCCGGUACAAAAGAAAAAGAGACUGCACUUCCUAUGCAACAGAUUCCAGAGACACCUUGCAUUUGCCUUAAGAUCAUUUCAGAGAUGUCUUCCAGAAGUUCUAAAGAUUUAAUGAAGAGUAAGUGGGGAUCAAAGCCUAGUAAUACCAAAUCAGAAACUGCAUUAGAGAAACUGAAAGGAGCAGUGGAUGAACUCACAAGUGGAAAAGGAAAACUUACUGAAAAAGACAGACACAGACUUUUGGAGAAAAUUCAAGUUCUUCAAUAUGAAAGGGAGAAGAAUGUUUAUCACCUCACAGAGAAGGAAAAAGAAAUACAGCGACUCAGAGACCAGCUAAAGGCUCGAUACAGUACCACUGCCUUGCUUGAACAGUUGGAAGAGAAAACGAAGGAAGGUGACAGGAUGGAACAGUUGUUGAAAUCCUUAUCUGAAGAGACAGAUUCAUUGAAGAAACAGUUGUCUGCUGCAAUGGCAAGACUUCGUGAAUUUGAAAACCAAGCCAGUACACUUCAUUUAUCACAGGCUGUGGCUGCAAGCUCAUCAAUGAGUAAUGCUCAUGAGUUGGAAAUACAGCUGAAAGAUGCUCUGGAGAAAAAUCAGCAGUGGCUUGUGUAUGAUCAGCAGCGAGAGGUCUUCGUUAGGGGACUGUUAGCAAAGAUCUUUGAGCUGGAAAAGAAAAUGGAAACAUCUGCUCCUUCACUCCCACAGCAGACAGAAAAGGCUGAAUCAGAAGGUGAUGUUCAAGAAGAGAAGCAAAAAUAUUACAGCCACCUCUUGGCAAAUGCCAAAAAAGAUCUUGAGGUUGAAAGACAAACCAUAACUCAGUUGAGUUUAGAACUUAAUGAAUUUCGAAAAAAAUAUGAAGAAGCUCAGAAAGAAGUUCAAGAUUUAAAUCAGUUGUUGUGCUCACAAAGAGAGGCAGAACUACAACAUCUGGAAGAUGACAGACAUAAAACAGAGAGAAUAGAAAGACUCAAGGAAGAGAAUAGUAUUGCCAGGGGAAAACUCGAAGAAGAGAGGAAGCGAUCUGAAGAGCUUUCAUCUCAGGUCCAGUUUCUUUACAUGUCUCUGUUAAAGCAGCAAGGGGAAGAAACAAGAGUGGCUCUGUUGGAACAACAGAUGCAGUCAUGUACUUUAGACUUUGAAAAUGAAAAACUUGGCCGCCAAGAUAUGCAGCACCAAUUGCAUGUAAUUCUUAAGGAACUUCGGAAAGCAAGAAGUCAAAUAACACAGCUAGAAUCCUUGCAACUUCAUGAGUUUCCCUUCACAGAGCCAUUAGUCACUUUCCAAGGAGAGACUGCAAACAAAGUUAAAGUUGCCUCACCAAGAAGUCCCACUGCUGCACUAAACAAAAGCCUGGUGGAAUGCCCCAAAUGCAACGCACAGUAUCCAGCCACUGAGCAUCGAGAUCUGCUUGUCCAUGUAGAGUACUGUUCAGAGUAGCAAAAUGGUUAUUCUUUGUUUUUAUGCCAAAAGAUUUCAUACUCUAUCUUCUGUUUGCUCAUGGAUAUUUCCAAUUACAUUUCCCACCUCUGGCUUAAGAAGCUGCCUAUCUGCCUUUGACACUCUGGCGUGUGAAUGAAUCGUUGUAUUUUUUAGCUGCUUUGCAUUUUCCUUGGCAGUGAUACCUCCACGGUAUUGCUCAUCAUCAGGCUGCAGUGACAGAAUGUGGUGAGCAGUUUGUACUGAGACUACUAAUGUUUUGCAUGGUUAAAGUACUUGAUAAAGAAAAGGUAGUUCAGGUUGUUGCUUGUGGGUUAAAUCUGUUGUACCAGCAAGCAAAUAUUUUGUAUUAUGUGGGUUUUUUAAAAAUCAAAAGUAAUUAAUUGUGUUGACAUUUUUAUCUAAGAUGCUAGUGUAGCAACAGUUCUAAUUUUAAUGACCAUGGGUUCAUUUUUUUCCUGGCUAUUUUACACCAGUUAAUAGAAAUGUUGGGAAUUUUUAUAAUCUUUAUUGCUGCUUGCUGUUGAAACUAUAAACCCAGCUAUAUGCUAAGAGAAAAACUAAUUCUGCAUGAGAAAUACUCUUAGUAGCCACAUGCAAUGUUUUCUCUCAUAGUGUCUGGCUUUAACUUUUAACCUAAAUUUCAUUAGCACACAUUGGUUAGCUAAAAUGGCUAAAAUUGAAAACCAUCUAGCCUUCUUUGAUUUGCAGAUAUUUUGUUUUUUUAUUAUUUUUGGCACUCCUACAUCUGGGCAAUGUAAUUAUUAAAUAUUUGUUUUCUGAAUAGAUAUUUUUAUAUAUGCUUUGUAUAAAAAAAGUUUUUUAAAUUCAGAUUUUCACUAUGCUUAACACUGGGCUACUGUUAACAAUAUAAAAGAGAAAAAAUAAAAUUAUUUAAUAACUUUUACUGUAUCUAGUAUAUAUGUAUAUGUAGUAGCUAUUCUAAGGUUUCUACCCCAAGAGGAGGAGUGUUGGAGGUUCCAGAUUAACAUAUAUUGUAAGAUGAUAAUGUAGUUGAGGAAAUAGGAGGACCAGCAACUCUGUGACGGUGGCAA